AUGUCAUCCUCAUCUAACUCCGGGCUGCCCCUCGAGGGCAAGGUCUUCACCAUCACUGGCGGCGCCAGCGGAAUCGGCCUCGCGACAGCCAAGAUCUUGUCCAAACGGGGUGCGGCAGUAUGUAUAGCAGACGUUGAUCCGGAAGCCAUGAAGACCGCGGAGGCAUACUUCGCCCCUCUGAAAGUCCCGUUCAUGAUCACCAAGGUCGAUGUGUCGCGCAGAGCCGAGGUGGACUCGUGGAUAGAUGCCGUCAUCGAGAAGUACUCAAGACUAGACGGAUCCGCGAACGUGGCAGGCAUCAUUGGAAAAUUUCAUGGCAUUGCGACCGUGGCCGAGCUCGACGAUAGCGAGUGGGACAAGAUCAUAGCCGUCAACCUGACGGGGACGAUGUAUUGCAUGCGCGCUCAGCUGCGCAAGAUGGUCGACGGCGGUUCGCUUGUCAACAUCUCAUCCAUCCACGGCAUAAAAGGAUUCGGAAAGCACAGCGCCUAUGAUGCGAGCAAGCACGGCGUUAUAGGGCUCACUCGAGCAGCCGCGCAGGAAGUUGGUGCACGAGAGAUCCGCGUUAACAGCGUGGCACCGGGGGCGAUAUAUACACCACUCAUGCAAAAGAACUGGGAUGCACGAGGGCGACCAAGCGACGCCCCAUUUGAAGAGCCCACUGCGUUUCAGAGGCAAGGUACAGCAGAAGAGACAGCCAAUGUCAUUGCUUUCCUGCUAGGACCGGAGAGUACCUUUGUCAGUGGAAGCGUCUAUACUGUAGAUGGGGCUUGGACGUAA